UGGCGGAGGGUGGAUCCGACUACGAACAGUCGUCGGUAGCUGGCGCCAUGCGUCAGUCCCUGGACUCCCAUUUACUCGAAUGUCCUAUCUGUUUGGAGCAGCUGCGACAACCGAAAUCACUGCCUUGUCUACAUUCGUUUUGUCUGGAAUGCCUGGGUAGCUACAUCACUAAGGAGUUGUCAGGUAAGAUGGCGUCAGCGUCUUCUUUCUCCUGUCCUGUGUGCCGGAAGGUCACUGAGCCAUUGAACCAAUCAGAAGGUAAAGAGAGUUGGGCCGAGCAGUUCCCCACCAACAAUCUGGCAGUCGAAAUAAUCCAGCAUAUACAAAAGACAGAUAAAUCGAUCACGUGCAAACCAUGUGAAAAGAAAGGAAACUUGAAUAACCAAGCGAAAUUCUGGUGUAAGCUUAACAACACUUACUUCUGUUCAACCUGCAAAAUCAACAUUCAUGAUUUGCUUCAUGAAGAAUGUGAAUGUCAAGACAUAUCUGAAGUAAACAUAUCAGUUGUACUACAUCAGAAGGCCUCAGUCAAUGGAUGUGGAAAGCACGAGGAAAAGAUGGAAUAUUACUGUGAAGAUGAUCAAAUUCUGGGAUGCAGUAAAUGCAUCAUCUUGGAUCAUCGAAAGUGUGAAUUGGUGACGUCAGCAGAGGAUUACCGGGAUAAGUUGAGGAAAAGCUCUAAGAUCGAUGAUCUGCUGGAGGAACUUCGGAAAAGUGCAGAUGCCAUGGAGAUACUGAUAAAAGAUGUUGGUGAACAACUCCAGUCCAUGACAAUGGAUCAGGACACUGCUCUGCAAAGUUUGACCGACAUACGCAAAAAGAUCGACGAGCGGUUUGAUGUACUACAGAAAGAUCUUACAGAAAACAUUGUAAAAUCCUUUAAGGAAGAAAAAGAAAGUCUCGAAAUUUCAAAACAGAAAUGUGAACGGCUGAUGUUCUCUAUACAGAACACGCUGACGUCAUCCGAGGAUGCAGCCUUGAAGGAUGACACCGUGGGGACAAUUUGUCUGUUCCAGAGAGGACAGGCGGAGGUCGAGUCCUGUAAGGAACUCAUACAGGAGUUGGAGUCGUCUACGUCCACAAGUAUCAAACAUGAAUAUGACUCGGAUAUUCUCGCUGUCGACAUCAACACCAGCCUUACAAUGGGGAAGAUAGUUGUUGAUCAACAACCGAGGAGACUGCCAUCUACUGUGUAUAGUAACAUAGUACCAUUGUCGGAACGUCAGUUGAAGACGAGGGAAAAUUUCACUAUCAAAAUUGCUUCAGACAAAAACGACUGUAGGGCUGUAGGAGUUGUUUUUCUGCCCGGUGGUCGUAUUGUUGUCGGAGACCAUGGAAAUAGAAAGAUGAAACUAUUUACAGAAAAGGGUGAUUUAAAAUUCGAGCUUGAACUGACGGAUGCAUUCUGUGAUCUUUGUCGUAUUGAUGACAACACUGUGGCAGUGAUACUGAUAGGUGUCAAAACAAUAUGUAUUGUCAAUGUCGGGGACUCAACCUUGACCGUUUCAUCGAAAAUCAAGAUUCCAAAGCCUAAUGAAGCCUGUCUUGGUGUCGCAUACCACAACAACUAUUUCACUGUCGGUACAACAAAAUCAAUUUAUAGUGUACCAGCAAGCGGAGGUGAACCUAAACAACUUCUCACAAUUGGAUCAAAAUGUUUGCAUCUCGCAAGCAAUCAGAAGAAUGGACACGUCUUUGCUAGCAUCUGUACCUCUACGCCAGACGAGGUGGUCGUGACACGACUGUCGGACGGUACGCACACAGACAUACUGAAGGUCGGAGUCGUGGAAGGUACAACAGGAAUAGACCUGGACAGGCAGGGCAACGUAUAUGUUUGUGGAAGUAGUUCAAACAACAUCAUACAGAUGUCUGGGGAUGGAUCAAAUGUCAGGGAACUGAUGACGUCAUCAGAUGGAAUCAAACGACCGAGGGCGAUUUCUGUGUGGGAGGAUAGGAUAGUAAUCACAAACGGAUCGGAAGACCAAAGGAACUUUGUACAUUUGUUCCAGCUCGUCUGAAUGGUAGGAAAUCCCGAUAAAGUAUAGACCGGUGAAAUAUACGAUAAAGAAACUGGUCGCAAUCGGAUGGAUCAUUACC